AUGGCAUCCCCAUACAGGGGAUUCACCGUUAAAGCCCACAUCCACUUUGACUAUUCCCCGACCAACGCCGCCGUCCCCUUCACAGACGACGUCUCCACCGCCGUCCGAAUCGCUGGCGCCAACGGCACCGCCCGGACAUUCCACCCCAUCAUCGACACUGGCAGCUGCGGCUUCGUCAUCUCGGCCGUCGACCUUCCCGACUGGACAAAGGAAGAGGCGGCCCGGAACCCUCCCGGGUGGGAGUUCCUCUCGAGCAGCAAGAUCCUGUACUCGGGCCACUGGAUACCCAGGGACGUUGCCUUUACCAACGCGAAGCAGGUCGUCGUGGCCAGGGUUCCCCUCCUGGCCGUCGAGUCCAAGGUCCAUUGCCCGGGCUACAACGCCACCCGGGACAGAGAUGCGUGUCCCGCCGCCGCCGCCGCAGGCGCAUCUGCCACGCCGAUGCCGAGCAACAUUCGAGUGCUGGGCGUUGGGUUCGGGCGCGAACACGACGGGAUGCCCCAGGGCACGCCGGACAAGAAUGCCUUUAUCAAUGUCCGGAGCAUAGGCGGCCUUGACGUGGCGGGCAGCCCGGACUUUAGAAACGGCUACAUUGUCGACAGGGCAGGCGUUACGGUCGGCUUGACCGAGGAGAACACGGCCCGCAUGCGCUUCGCAAAGCUGGACGUGCGGCCCGGUGCCGCCGAUGCGCGCGACUGGGACCAGGUGCUCGGCGCUGUGGCGAUUGACGGAUCGAGCCUUUUCGUCGGGAAAGCUCUCGUCGACACGGGCGUUUCGCAAAUGUACGCGACGGUUCCCAAGGGCACCAAGGUGAAGCGCACGAAGCCGCCGGUGCUCGACGACGCGUCCUUUGUAGAGCUGCGGAUUGGUCCCCUGGGGAACGGGGGGUUUGCCGCCCAGGACAACUUCACGGUCGGCCAAGGAAAGGGGCAGGAUGAGGGAAUCGUUCCCUCCAGUGUCCGGGUGACGUUGGCGGAUCCGGAAAAGAACGCGCCGCAUCUCAACACGGGAAGACACUUCUUGAGGCGGUGGGAGACGGCGUUUGACUGUGACGGGGGGUUCUUUGGCCUGCGGAGGGUACAGGAGCAUGAUUGA